AUGUAUCUUCCCAGGCUUAUUUAUACCGUUUUCUGCUUGGCCCUGGCGGUCGAAGCAGGAAAGGGAGCCGAUGUUCUCGGACAAUCAAAAAAGAAUGCCAAGGGGGUUAGUGGUGCAGCACACAAGGAAGGGAAGCAAGAAUCAAUCGCAACUUUGAGCAAGGCUAGUGUUGAGACCGAGAAAACAGGCGCUCCGCAGAUUAAUGUUCGACAGCCAGGCCUUCUUGGUAAACUUGGCAAAGUUGCUUCUGCUGUGAAGAAGGUAGCUGCCCCAGCAAAGAAGGCUGCUGCUGCCGCGAAGAAAGUCACUGGCUCAGCAAAGAAGGCUUCCCCUAUCAAGAAGAUUGCUACUGCCGCUAAGAAAGCUGCUGCCCCGGCAAAGAAGGCAAAAGCGGCUGUGAAGAAGACUGCGAAAAAAAUCACAUCGAAGAAGUCCACACCAAAGAAGUCCACACCAAAGAAGUCUACGCCAAAGAAGUCUACACCAAAAAAGUCUACACCAAAGAAGUCUGCUCCCAAGAAGUCUGCUCCCAAGAAGUCUGCUCCCAAGAAGGCCGUGGCAAAGAAAGGUGCUGCCAAGAAGACAUCACAGAAGAAGGCCACCUCAAAGAAGGCAACUCCCAAGGCUAAGGGUGCUGCUGCGAACAAGGGAAAAACUCCAUCAAAGAGCAAGGCUACAGCCAAAGGGAAGGCUAGUUCCAAGGGCAAGGCUGCUGCCAAGGGAAAGACCACUCCUAAGGCUAGCAAGAAGACUCCUGCUAAGGCCGGGAAGAAGACUCCCGCUAAGGCUAGCAAGAAGACUCCCGCUAAGGCUGGGAAGAAAUCCCCUGCUAAGUCUGGCAAGAACACCAAAGCUGGCAAGAAGUCUCCUGCAAAGGCUGGAAAGAAGUCACCCUCCAAGAAGACUCCCACUAAGGCUAGCAAGAAGGGGCCCGCCAAGGCUGGCAAGUCUGGCAAGAGCACCAAAGCUGGAAAGAAUUCCCCUGCUAAGGCUGCGAAGAAGAAUACUAAAUCCGGAGCCAGAAGCAAGAAAACUCCUGCUAAGUCUGGGAAGAAGUCUGCUCCCAAGCCUGGAAAGAAGUCUCCCGCCAAGGCGGGCAAGUCUAGCAAGAACACCAAGCCUGGAAAGAAGAAUCCUGCAAAGUCUGGGAAGAAGACUCCCGCCAAGGGUGGGAAGAAAUCCCUUGCUAAGGCUGGAAAGAACACUAAAGCUGGAAAGAAGACUCCCACUCAGGCUAGCAAGAAGAACACCAAGACCAGCAAGAAGACUCCCGCCAAGGCUGGAAAGAAGACCCCCUCCAAGGCUGGGAAGAAGACUCCCAGUAAGACUGGGAACAAGAACACUAAAACUAGAGCUAGAGGCAAGAAGAGCCCUUCUAGACCUGGAAAGAAGACUCCUACCAAGACUGGCAAGAAGAACACGCACUCUGGAAAGAAGUCCCCGGCUAAGGCUGGAAAGAAGAGCACCAAGGCUGGAGCCAAAGGCAAGAAGACUCCUUCUAGGGCUGGGAAAAAGAAUCCUACCAAAGCUGGCAAGAAGAACACCAAGGCUGGAUCCAGGGGCAAAAACACUCCCGCAAAGGCUGGAAAGAAGACUUCUGGUAAAGCUGGAGCCAGGGGCAAGAAGACGCCUGUCAGGGCUGGCAAAAAGAAUGCCAAGGCUGGCGCCAAAGGAUCAAAGGGAAAAACUACUGCCAAAGGAAAGAGUAGUCAGGAUACGUGCGUAUUGAAGCGAUCGUUGGGCUUGAGGUGUCCGACAGGAGCUGGUGGCCAAUCGACGCCUGGUAACCAAUCUGCGCAGAAGAAGCAAGGCAAGAGUAAGAAGAAGAAGGCCGAGAAGGUUAAGCUGGACCCGAAUCGCGCAAAUCAGCACAAGGACGAUGCGGGCAUGUAUAUGGGUGUUUCGCCAGAUCCACAGAAAUUUCUACCUGUCCAGAACGCCCAUACUAAGCAGUGGACGUAUGAUCGGAAGACUGGCGACGGGAUCGAUAUCGACUCCAGGAUUAAGGAUUAUCCCGGACACAAUUCCAAUGUGAGAUUUGCGGUAAGCAAAGGUCAAAAGGCAAAGAAUGGUCCCAAAGAGAUUGGUCCAGGCCGCCAUGACGAAAACACCAUGAUGAAGAAGACCAAAGACCAAGAGAGGAAACAGAGGAAAGCUGCUGCAAAAGCCGAAAGGAAUGGAAAGAAAGCUAACGCAACUGGGAGACCUAAAGAUGCUGUUGAGUGGUGGAGAAUUUCUACAAAAUCACAGAAGCAACUCGAAUAUGAACACAAGAAGAACGGAGCCACAGGGCCGGUCCCGACAGCCUGGGACGCCGACAGGUUCCGAGAAAACAUGAACGCACAACACGACCAUUUUCAAAAUCAUCAGGCUGGAGACAUGAAUGAUGAAUAUGCAAAGCAUGUGAAAGAGAUGAAUGCUUACACCAACUCUAAACAGCGCUUGAGUAAACCCCAAACUGUUCAACGCCGCGCCAUCUCCAUGGAGCCUUACAUAUUACUUAUUUAG